GGGAACUUCCAUCUCUAAAAUCAGAACUUUGGAAGGAUAUGGGUUAGCAAGGUUUAGAUCCUUCAACAGAUUUUCGGCCGGCCGGAGUGGAGGAGAGGGCAUGCUCGGCACCCCGGGAUCAUUGGAUGCUCAUUAUAGGUUUAACACAACUAGCCGCAAAUGCAAUAAGGGCAGUGAUAGGGAUGAGGAGGAGGAGAUAGAGAAGUUGAUGAGAGAGGGAGAUGAUGUUGUAGACAUCAUGUAUCUCACCAGCUUAGAUGUUGUGGAGGUGGCUGAGCUCUAUGAAGAAAGCUCUUUGAGUGAAGACAAGUUCCUUUCUACAGCUGCGGAGUUGGCUAUCCCUAAAAAGCCACAGAAUAAGUCAAAGAUUUCUGCAGCUACUGCCACUGGGCUUGUUCAAAGGAGGAUGAGGGUGGAAGAACAUAAGGGUAGAGGGGAUGAGAUGGUGGAGUUCGUACCUCAUCGUUCCCCAGUUGAGCUCGACCUAGAGCUCAGGGAGGAAGUUUUUGAAACCCUCAAGGAACGUGGUACCUUGGCAAAGGAAAAUGAGGAUUUGGGGAAGAAGAAGGAGGAGACGAAGCUCGCGAUUGAGGAGAAGAGGAAAAUAUGUGAGGAGAAGAUAGAAGCUCAAGAGAAGGAGAUCAAGAAAAUGAAGGAGGUAGGUGCCGAGUUAAAGAAAAAUGUGGAUCUGCUAGUGCACAGUUCAAUGAAGGAUCACAUUGUUGAGUUUCUGAAGUCCACCACAUUCAAUAACAUUGUGAAUCUCUACCACCUUCCUAUGGCAAUUUUGGCCUUCAUAGACUAUAGGAAGAAAGUGAAAGCUCAAUAUCCCAAAGUGGAUGUGACUGGUCGUAUCAUCUUUCCUCCGAACUUUGAUUUCGAGUUCGUUGCAAUUGAGGAAGGGGCAGAGGUUGGAGUUGCGGAGGUUGGAGAGAAUGUGUCAAAGGAAGAAGGGAACCAAGAAGAAGUGAACCAACCAACUCCACCAAUAGAGUAGCUAUCCUUUGUUUUAUUAAUCUCUUUCUUUAGCUUUGACCUUUGAACAAUGUAUUUGUUUUUUUUUUUACUAUUCUUGUAAUUUUCGCACAUUAAUUCAUUGAUAUUUUUGUGCACUUGGUUUGUGUGAAAAAAGGGCUGAAGUGAAGAAAUUAAAUCACCUCGA